UCAUCCGUCGACAAAUCCUCCCGUCCCGAACUCUCGAACCGAACCGAUCCGAUCCGAUCAUGGGGAGCACGGAGAAGCUGCUGAACCAGAUCAUGGACCUCAAGUUCACCGCCAAGUCGCUGCAGCGGCAGGCCCGCAAGUGCGACAAGGAGGAGAAGGCCGAGAAGCUCAAGGUGAAGAAGGCCAUCGAGAAGGGCAACAUGGACGGCGCCCGCAUCUACGCCGAGAACGCCAUCCGCAAGCGCACCGAGCAGCUCAACUACCUCCGCCUCGCCUCCCGCCUCGACGCCGUCGUCGCCAGGCUCGACACCCAGGCCAAGAUGACCUCCAUCAACAAGUCCAUGGCCUCCAUCGUCAAGUCCCUCGAGUCCACCCUCGCCACCGGUAAUUUGCAGAAGAUGUCCGAGACGAUGGACCAGUUCGAGAAGCAGUUUGUAAACAUGGAGGUCCAGGCAGAGUUCAUGGAAAGUUCAAUGGCGGGAUCGACCUCGCUCUCCACUCCGGAAGGAGAGGUGAACAGCUUGAUGCAACAGGUGGCGGACGAUUACGGGUUAGAGGUGUCGGUUGGUUUGCCCCAGCCGGGCGCACACGCCGUGCCAACCAAAGCAUCUGAAAAGGUCGAAGAGGAUGACCUCUCCAGGCGUCUUGCCGAGCUUAAAGCUCGAGGGUGAGAAUAUUUUUUUAGGAAGUGAUGUGAGGUAUACUGUAUUUGGGCUUUGUUAUAAUCUAAUUAAAGACUUCUUGCCAUGUAAAUUCAUCCGAAUGGGAACAUAGAUGCGACUUCUUUGCUCUUGGCCAUAGGUAACAUACCUUCGAGUGUUUGCUUCGAUCCACCUUUGUUUGUAGAGCAUGGAAAUUCGUAAUUCGGUCUAUUGGUUGAGCAUGUUGAUGUUUGUUUAA